AUGGCAAUGAUCAGUCUCUUCGAUGAACUAGCUGAUUUAGCAUUAAUCGAAAUAUUUUCUUAUCUAUCUUGUUCUGAUAUUGUUUGGUCAUUUUCUAAUCUCAAUUCUCGUCUGACAAUAUUGUUAACAGAAAGAGGUUUUUAUCGCCAUGUUAAUUUAUCAUCCGCUGGAAGAAAUCUCUUCGCAGCAAUUUUAUCUAUACUUCGAUUAAAUGAGAUAGAAUCACUUGUCAUUGAUCGUUGUGCAUCACCUCUGCAACUAAAAAGAUGGCCUCAUUUACCACAUUUAACAACAUUACGAUUAAAAGGUAAUGGUAUGACAAGAAAAGUGGCUUAUCCAUCAUGGAACUUGUGUGAAUUUCUGGAAAGAACUCUUUGUCAUCUGCGCACUCUUCAGUCGCUUGAUUUAGGAAUGGAAACAUCUUUUGAUUUACAUAAGUGGCCUUUCAAAACGAUACAAGCACCGUUAAUUUAUCUAAAAAUUACACUGGGUAGGACAAGUCUUUUGAUUGAUAUACUGUCGACGAAACCAUUAUCAUAUACAUUACAACAACUACAUAUAAAAAUUGCAGAUUUUUGUGGUGAUAUGUGGCUUUGUUUACGUGAUAAAGAUUUUUUACCUCGCAUGGAAUCUUUACAUACAUUUACCUUUGUUAAAUCAUUCAAACGGUAUUUAAGUGAGGAAUGGACAUUAGUUAAUGUGUUGACAACUUUUAAUGUUAUGCCUGUUUUACGACGAAUAAAUUUUUCUAUUUUUAUUGAUGUUAAUGAUCUGGAUCAAAUGACUCAUUCAGCUCUCUUUAAUGAUGAUCGUCAUAUUGAUGUUCAUUAUGCUUUUAUGAUUAAUGAUAAUCGAGAACAUUUUGAACUUAAUCAAUAUGUACCGUAUGGUAGUUUGUCUCAUCCUCGUCAAAUAGCCAGUGCAACAUUUAUUUCUGAAUGUUGGCCAGUUGAUCCAACGAUCAUAAAUCACGAUGAAAUUUAUUUGGAGAAAUCUAGAAAUCGACAACAUCUAUUCUAUACUUUGCCGUGGAUUUUUGACGAAUUUUUUCAAUUAUGUGUUCCAGAUAGAUAUAUUAGUGAAUUACAAGUUUUUACAUCGGCUUCUUCAGUUAAUACAGUUGGUCCUUCACAUCUUCGUAAACUCGAUAUAUCAAAUAAUUUUCCAUCAUUGGCUACUUCUUUCCCUCACAUAAUGUUUUCGAACCAAGUAAUUGAACUUCAUUUAUCACGAUGUGAUAGACAAAUAUCUGUAAAUUUACCGACUAUUGAUCAUCUUAUUAUUACAGACAGUCUUGAUUCAUUGAAUAGUUGUUUUCUUUCACGAAAUAUUCGAUCUAUUCAAAUAACUCUUAAUCAUGAACAUCUUCAUCUUGCAAGAAACGAUUGGAGUGAUUUACCGACUCUCUCGACUUUACCAUUCUUGAAGUCUUUACGUAUACUUUUAUAUGGUAUGAAUAAUCCACCAAAUGAUACAAGUUGCCAAAUCAUUGCAGAAACAGCAUCAACGAUCUCGGAUUUUUGCUUUUGCUGUCGACGUAAGAAUUAUCAAAAUCGUCGUAACUUUGACUGUGCACAUACUGCACAGUCUUUAUUCAUUAUACAACUACGAAAUAGCAUUCUUGCUUUACUACUAAAUGAAAAACCACGCCUUGUUGUUGAGAAGGAUGGUUAUGGACUUAUCGCUUGGUUUUGA